AACUUUCACAAGGGUAAUACGACGCCGUUGGCUUCCUCGCCUCUUUCACCUGCCUCUGUUUUUUGAUUCUCACGUUACAUGCACACUCCAACUCUCCUCCCAACCUCCUUUCUCUCUGCGAUUUCAUACAAUUUUUCUCCAUUUCUGUAUGUCAAUUUUAGUAUUUACUCAAUAAAAUUUUAGAUCUCGUAAUUUAUAUACAGAAAUGGCAUCAGUUUCUUUAAGCCUCCGAACUGUGGAGGAGAUCUUCAAAGAUUUCAGUGCUCGUCGUGCUGGAAUCAUUCGUGCUUUAACUUACGAUGUGGAUGAAUUUUACGGGCUCUGCGAUCCAGAGAAGGAGAAUUUGUGUCUAUAUGGGCACCCAAAUGAAACUUGGGAAGUAAAUCUCCCAGCCGAGGAAGUUCCACCGGAGCUCCCAGAGCCAGCACUUGGCAUCAACUUCGCCAGGGAUGGAAUGAACCGAAGAGAUUGGCUUUCACUAAUUGCUGUGCACAGUGAUUGUUGGUUGCUCUCUGUCGCUUUUUACCUUGGGGCCAGGAUGAACCGCAAUGAAAGGAAGCGCCUGUUCAGCUUGAUCAAUGAUCUGCCAACAGUCUUUGAAGUGGUAACAGAAAGGAAGCCUGUAAAAGACAAGCCCAAUGCAGAUAGUGGGAGCAAAUCUCGUGGCAGCACAAAGAGAUCUAGUGAUGGUCAAGCCAAAAGUAACCCAAAGCCGGCAGAGGAAAGUUAUGAAGAAGAUGAAGAUGAACAUAGUGAGACACUAUGCGGAAGCUGUGGUGGAAAUUACAAUGCUGAUGAGUUUUGGAUUGGUUGUGACGUCUGUGAGCGGUGGUUCCACGGGAAGUGCGUGAAGAUAACUCCUGCUAAAGCUGAGAACAUCAAGCAAUAUAAAUGCCCAUCCUGCAUGAAGCGCGGAAGGCAGUAGUCGUUACUGGAUCAUAACUGAGGAAAAUAGUGUUCAUUCGGUGCUUGACAAAAUAGUAUAGCAAUAUUGCUUCUCAACUAUUUGUAGUGGAUAACUUUGUGAUGUUAAUAACAGUUUAUUCUGAAUGGGAUAAAGCCUGUUUUCUUCUGUACUAGGUGCUUUAUUUCAUUGUUAUAGCAUUUUUAUUUAGGAGUCUCAGAUUUGUUCUGAUGCUACGACAUUAUAUGGCUCCUAUGCAAUGUCCUUGAUGUAUCAUUAAAUCAAUGAGGUUAAGUCUUAUUUGUUUGUUUAUCUUCAA